CUGAACGAGUGCGGACGCGUUUGGCGGACAGAAAAGGAAGCGUAGGAUAUACCCAGGCAGGCUGUAAACAAACCCAGAGAUAGUGGUGAUUGUGAUUGCACCAAGUUCGCGAGUGUUUCUCCCUUGUGCUUGGCCAUAUGUGUGCUUAGAUAUUAGAUAUUAAUUGGCCGAUUAAUUACCGAUCCGACGUAAACAGUAGCCUGGCAUUAAUCAUGCCCGAAAUCAUCGAGCUGAACGUUGGCGGCGUGAGCUACACGACCACAUUGGCCACCCUGCAGGCGGACAAGAGCACGCUGCUGGCCGAGCUCUUCGGCGAGGGUCGCGAUUCGCUGGCCAAGGACAGCAAGGGCCGCUACUUCCUGGACCGCGACGGGGUCCUCUUCCGCUACAUCCUGGACUUCCUGCGCGACAAGGCGCUGCACCUGCCCGAGGGCUUCCGCGAGCGCCAGCGGCUGUUGCGCGAGGCAGAGCACUUCAAGCUGGCCGCCAUGCUGGAGUGCAUCCGCGGCGAGCGGGAUGCCCGGCCGCCGGGCUGCAUCACCAUUGGCUACCGCGGUAGCUUUCAGUUUGGCAAGGACGGACUGGCCGAUGUUAAGUUCCGGAAGCUGUCGCGCAUCCUGGUCUGCGGCCGAGUGGCCCAGUGUCGCGAGGUCUUCGGGGAUACGCUGAACGAGUCACGGGAUCCGGAUCACGGCGGCACCGAUCGAUACACCUCGCGGUUCUUCCUGAAGCACUGCUACAUCGAGCAGGCCUUCGACAAUCUGCACGACCAUGGCUACCGCAUGGCCGGAAGCUGCGGCUCCGGAACCGCCGGCUCGGCAGCGGAACCCAAACCGGGUGUGGACACCGAGGAGAACCGCUGGAAUCACUACAACGAGUUCGUCUUCAUCCGGGACUAAGCGGCUGCAACUCAGGGAGGAGGCACUCGAAACGAUAAGAAACGAAAGGACACAACACCACCCAAUCCCCAGCUCUGUAUCGUUAUUUUUCGUUAUAACAACUUGGAAACCUCCUUUGCCAUACUACCCAUCAGUAUUCCAGCAUUCUACGGAUUAACCUUUAUUAAUGGCCAGGAUAAGGCGGCUUGAGUUUCAACCCACCUCUUGAUAUACAAAUGGGAACAUUUCGAAUGUACAACUGAACUAACAAUCCACACUAAAGUCUAGGGAACUGUUGACACACAUAGAUAACCUAAUGAGGGCAGGGCAGGCAUCUGCUGAUUUGACGUUUGUUCUUUGGAUUUCCCUGCCAAACGUAAUACUUUGCUUUACGCGCUCAUCUAUCAAUCACGGUAAGCCCAUUAAAUUGGAUAUUACGAGCUGCCCUGCUCCCGACUCUUUGAUGAACGAAUGCGAAUUCGGUUUUACUGGCUGACAAGAAGUGAAAACAAUUCGGCAAGUGCAGAUAACAAAAACAAAGCAAAACCAUUUUAUUAGCCCCAACUUUUGUUGAUGCAGUGCAGUGUAAACAAGAUGAGAAGAAAACAUAAAACAGAUCAGAACAGAGCAGAUUCAAAUAAAUUCAAACGAGGCAAGGGCAAGAGGAGGGAAGACCUUGCCAGCUGGAUAAACGUUUUUGUGGUCAAUCAAUCACACCGAAGUCACACUGAACAAUUUGAAAUACGGGUUACUCUUUGAAACUAACGAAAUAUUGUAGCAACAGAUACCGCUAGCCAGCGAACUCAAGCAAAUGGUAAAUCUAAAGUUUUAUUAGUCUAAUAAAAGUCGAAGCUCGAAGUAAAGAAUAUACAAAUAGCGAAAUAGGAUAACGGCGAACAACAUGUGGCCCCAAAUAUAUAUAUGUUGACCCAAGCUGAAAGGCAGCCUGCAAUCCAUAAAACUCAAAAACACAAAUCGAUAUUAGAGAAGUACAUUUACUAUACAAAUACAAAUACAAACCAAACAACGGCUGUCAUAAGAUAUGCCCUUUUGCAAUAACUCUUGAGUCGUUUCCGAUUCUAAAAAAUGGCAUGGCAAAUACAAAUAUCCUUAUUGUAGGCACCAUUUGGCUCAGCGAUAAAACCCGGUCCUGAAGCAACAAUUGGAAAUGAUUUAAUAGUGAACUUUAGAAAAUAGCUGAGCCACUCAAAAAAUACCACUCUUCAUUCACCCGAUUUCGUGGUCAAUCCAGAAAAGUAAUCAUCAUUUACCACUCAUCAUCUGUCGAAGCCAAAUGAAAAAAGCUAGUCUUAUUCGAUAUUAUGAUUUAUUAGUAAACUGUAAUGAGAAUGCCAAAAACGAAAAACCAAAUACCAAAUGGUCACAAGGACUUCCAGGAUCACGAUGGGAAUACGACACAUACGAAACUAAAUUUGCUGAACUUUAGGAACCACUCUGUUCUUAUUGAUUUUAUCCACUUUCGGAGCGAAUUCAUGAAAAUGUUUUUCGCUGACAUAUCUCGCAUCGCAUUUUCGACAUUUCCGCAGGUUUGUUGUUGAAUUCAUGUCCACAUGAAGGGGAAUUUACGGAGCGAAGCGCUUGGGCGAAAAUCUGAAAUAUAGUGAAAUGAAAUGAAAAUGCCGAUGCGCAACAUUGAAACAAAACACUCAUGAAAUAUACGAACAAAUUGUAUAAAACUAUAAAUUCUUUAAAUUGUGUGUAAAGAGGCGCGCUGCAUAUGUAAUCAUCAGCAAUAACGUGGUAAUAUUCAUGAAAGAAAACUAUUAAGCUCCAUUAUAUACUG